AUGAGUAUGUAUUUCUUCUUGCUGUUCGAAAGCGUGGUACUGCUUAUCAAUAGCGUUUUAAUUAUAAAUGAAAAGAAGCUAAAAAAAUAUAAAAAAAUUGACAUAAGUUUGAACAGCAAUGACAUUUUUGAUAACAUUAAGUUGUUAUUCUACACGAUAAGAAUAUAUUUUAAAAUUCCGUUGAUCUUCCUCAAUUUGUUAUGUAUUAUCAUUGAAAUAUUAUUUGGAUAA